CCCCGGGCGCUGAGGCGCCGCGGCGGGGCCGUGAUGCGGGGCAGGGGCGCGGGCGGCCGCGGGUGCUGUGCGUGACCGAGCGAGCCAUGGCUAACGUCAAGGUGGCCGUGCGGGUCCGGCCCAUGAGCAAAAGAGAGAGUGCAGAAGGAGGAAGAGUCAUUGUAGAAGUUGAUGGCAAAGUGGCAAAAAUCAGAAAUAUAAAGGUUGACAGUAGGCUGGAUAGUACUUGGGACUCAAGAGAAAAGACUGUGGCCUUCAGUUUUGAUUACUGCUACUGGUCAGUUGAUCCAGAAGAUCCAAAGUAUGCAUCUCAGGAAAUGGUGUUCCAGGACCUUGGCACUUCUGUAUUGUCGGGGGCAUUCAGAGGAUACAACAUCUGCCUCUUUGCUUAUGGACAGACAGGUUCAGGAAAAACUUACACAAUGAUGGGAACACCUGCAUCCAUUGGGCUGACACCCCGUAUAUGUGAGGGCCUUUUUGCAAGGAAGGAUGAUUACACAGACCAGACAGCAUCUUGCAGAGUAAAAGUCAGUUUUCUUGAAAUCUAUAAUGAGCGUGUCCGGGAUUUGUUGAAACAAUCAGACCAAAAGAAACCUUACACACUUAGAGUCCGAGAGCACCCUGAAACAGGACCAUAUGUACAAGGAUUGACGCAACAUUUAGUUACAGACUACAAGCAAGUUGUAGAACUUCUAGAAGAAGGAAUAGCUAAAAGAAUCACAGCAGCUACACAUAUUCACAAUGCUAGCAGCAGAUCCCAUGCUAUCUUCACCAUCCACUACACUCAGGCUAUAUUGGAGAAUAAUCUCCCCUCUGAAAUUGCAAGCAAGAUCAAUUUAGUGGACCUUGCAGGCAGUGAAAGAGCUGAUCCCAGUUACUGUAAAGAUCGUAUUACCGAAGGUGCCAAUAUUAACAAGUCAUUAGUUACACUUGGAAUUGUCAUCUCCACUUUAGCACAAAAUUCACAGAUGUUCAGCAGCUGUCAGAGCAUAAACACCAUAACAAGUGAAGGGGACAGCAGUCAUGCAGACAGUCCUUCCACAAACAGCAUCAGUGGGACAAGGCGACCGGCUUACAUCCCGUACCGUGACUCCAUCCUCACCUGGCUUCUGAAGGACAGUCUGGGGGGCAACUCCAAGACCAUUAUGAUUGCCACUAUCUCUCCUGCCAGCUCCAGCUACAACGAGACCAUGAGUACCUUGAGAUAUGCUUCAAAUGCCAAAAAUAUUGUUAACAAGCCCAGAGUGAAUGAGGAUGCAAAUGUAAAACUGAUCAGAGAACUACGGGAAGAAAUUGAUAGGUUGAAAACUAUGCUGAUGAGCUUUGAACUGAGGAAUUCCAGUCCCUCUUGGAGCGAUGACAGGGAUGGAAAUCUGACCGAGCUGGUUCUUCAGAAUGAAAUGAAGAUCGAGCAAUUGACCAAAGAUUGGACAAGCAAGUGGACAGACAUGAAAGCAAUCAUGGAAGAAUACAGUGUGGAUAUCAACAAAAAAAAAGCUGGAGUAACAAUAGAUUCUAGUUUACCUCAUCUAAUGGCCAUGGAUGAUGAUAUCCUCAGCACAGGAAUAGUGCUAUAUCAUCUCAGGGAAGGAACAACCAAAAUUGGAAGAAGUGAUUCAGACCAAGAUCAAGACAUUGUUUUGCAGGGACAGUGGAUUGAAAGGGAUCAUUGUAUGAUAGACAACAACUGUGGUAUUGUGACACUGCGACCAGUUCAGGGGGCACACUGCACCGUGAAUGGAUGUGAAGUCACUGGAUCAUGUCGUCUGUCACAAGGAGCCCUUGUUGUCCUUGGCAAGUCUCAUAAGUUUAGAUUCAAUCACCCGGCAGAAGCUGCCAUCUUAAGACAAAGAAGAUCAAUUAAUGAAACCCCACCCAUUCUGAGUUGCGGAGCUUUGGACUGGCUCAACUUGGAUGGGAGUUGCACACAUUCUCCUCACUAUGUCCUUUCUUCUCCUGACAAAGAAAUAGAUGCUGUGCAUGAAGAAUACAGGCAGAAACUGAGAGACCAGGAAGCUUUCCACAGAAAACAAAUUCAACGGCAGCAGCUCUAUGUGGAGGAUUUACAGCAGCAGAUCCUGAGAGGACAGAUCAAAGCAGAGCGGGAACUAGAAAAUGACCAAGCACUAAUAAACCAGCAGAUCCACGAAAACCAGCAGUGGCUUAUAAAUGAGAAUAAACGACUGGCUGCCCUUCAGCAACAGCAGAGGGAGUUUGCAGUGCAAACAGAGACUAAGCUGUAUGCAGAGGCUGAGGUGCAGAGUACCAUCGGGCUGGAAAUCUGCCCUUCUCCGCUACAGCAGAACAAGAAGAGACUGGUGCAGCUGGAGCUCUUGCGAAGAUACUCCUUAAAAAAGGCAGAAAGAAACAUAAGACGAAAAAAGGUCAAAUUCCAGCUGGAAAGGAUAGUCAAGAAGCAGAAGUUAUUGGAAGCCAAGCAAAACCUAGAGCAGCUGGAAGCUAGCUGCUGGCUCAGUGAAGAGUGUGUGAAACAAUCCCAGGCCCUAAAUGAAAAUACUGUACAGUCCUCUUUGGAUCACCAGUUGCAAAGGAGAAGGAAGUCAUCGGGUUUGAGUUCCCUACCGCACAGGGAGCAUUCUUUCUGUAACUCACGUCUGGCCCAGGUACCCAGUUGUUUGUUGAAGAGGGAGACUGUCUCAACAUUAUCUACCUCACCAAAUACUGAUCAAAGCUGUGAAGGCAAUACAACAAGGAAGUUGUCAUCUGUAGAAUAUCUUUACAAAAGAGGUAAAGACAUUUCUGGGAGCAAUGACCUUAAUGAUGAAAAAGAGAUCUCCUUUUCAGUGCAGAGGCAGCUAACUGACAAACAAAACCCAUCUUCAUUUGCAAAUAGAAAAGGAGCAGAAGAAAACUCUAAUGAUAAAGCUAUCAUGGCUUACAUAAAUAAAAAUUAUCAAAAAGUUGAAAAGUUGGAUGACAACCCAGGGCAAACUGGAUCUCAAAACCAGACCUCUAAAGGCUUCUCUCCUGAUCUUUUUAAGGAGAAAAAUGAGCCUGAAACCUUUAUUGCAGGGACAAGAAUGACAAAAGCAAAGGUGCUAGGAGAUUUAAGUCAGGCUGCAAGUAGCAAUCUAGAACAAAACAGAGCUCAGGUAUCCAAUGAAAAGACUAGAAUGGAUAUCGAUGGAAAAGGCCACAGAUUUUCUCCAGAAAACUUUCCUAAAGAAAUGAGGAAAACAGUGUAUGGAAACCCACCAUCAGUGCAUCUAAACCAAACAGCCAAGAACUGGAAGAGAGCACCAAACUCAGCCUUGCCAAGUCAUGAGAAAUCAGCAGUGGAACAUCAAGAAUUUUUGAUGGUGGCUACAUCAGUAGGAAACCUCACAAAGAUGAACACACAGGCACCACUCUUUUACGCUGAGAAAAAGUGGCACAGUGCUGAGAUGCUAAGUGCUGGAGCAUCCAGAACAGCAACAGAGGUGCUGGGGAACUGGCAGGAGGAUGAUGAAAAUGAGAUUUCUGAUACUGACAGCUCCUAUUCUGUGGAUUCUCUCUCCUGUGCUUAUGCAAAAGCUUUCUCAGAGAAAGCAAAACAAGAUUUUGACAGAAACAAAUGUCUUGCCAACCCAGAAGAUUCUGAGAGCGAUGACAGUCAAAUGUCACAAGACUCUCUGGUAGAAAAGGAAAACAAAGCCAAAAAGGAAAAUACAAGUCGAUUUCACAAGUUGAAGUCCCGCCAUGAGCCAGCUAAGCUUUACAAAAGCAGAACUGAUCACCAUAUUUCGUCUUUGGUGACAUCAUACACGUCUCGUAGGAGGCUGGGAAAGCCUGAAAGAAGCUUUUCUCUGGACAGCUUAGCUGAUGGAGAAGAGAUGCUAGCAGAAGAUCCGGUAGAAGAAUCCAAAUCUGAUUCAUCUGAUGAAGUGCCAGCAGAGAUUUUCUGGAAGUUACAAACUCCCAGAUCACCAGCUAUACAGACUGAGGAAGGCCAUGAGUCCAAAACCUGCGACACAGAUACAGAAGGGACAAGUUAUGACCUGAAGCUGAGCAGUUCCUUUUACUUGGCCAGUAAGCCACAGCCUGCUUCCAGUAGUGCUUGCAAGCAGUUGCUGAAUGGGAUAAAAGUCUCCUUUGUAGAACAAGAAAGGUCUCUUGAUAGAAGACCAUAUUAUGCAAGUGGAAAUCCUUUGCUUAAUGCUGAUGCUUGGACUUCCUGUGACUCAAAGUUUGACAUCAACAGCCCCAGAACAGCACCUUCUUCCAAUGAACAUUUGGAAUUUCAAGAAGCUCAUCUCUGCUCCUUGAGCAAACCAGAGCUUUGGCUGAAGAAAGAUGAUCUAAAACAGUCAGCCGCUGAAGUUUCUUUUGUUUCCGGCUCUAAGCAGAUACACAGCAUUACUCAUUUAUCACAUCGUAUAAAUGAAAUGAACACAUUUUUUUCCUCUGACACAUCAGAAGUACCUUUACCUGAAACAACAACUGCGAGCAAAGUUUCUGAGAGCGAAUCAUUAAAUAAGAUUCUUAAGGGAUGGACAAACUCUAAUGAAAAUUCCUCCUUGGUAUCUCAAGAGGUAAUGUCCUCAUUUGCUAGCUCAGUAGGACCAAGCUCCUCUUUUGUUCCUGUUUCAGCAAAGCAUGAUUAUCGCGAACAUUCAAGGUCAAAUUAUCCUGAACAAGAACAACUGAAUGAAUUAUCUACUUACAGGUCUGCCACUGAAUGCACACAAACAUUCAGAUGUUUGGAAAGUGCCUCCACUGCAGACUGCUUGCCACUGGUAUCUAGGAAAGAGGGGGACUCUUUCCCCACAGCUUAUCCAGAGCUGUCAAAAGAUCAGAGUCCGAAAAAACCACCCUUUGUUUCUGUGUUUCCUGUGCAAAUUUCAGAGCAGAGAGAUGGCUGUGUCAGUGCAGAUUUAGAAGAUGAUUUCUUCAGAACUUCUGAAAAAGAUUACAUCAGUGAUGUUUACAGUAACUUGAUGACAAAGUCAAGUGUGACAGAUGCAGGUAGAAGGGCAUCUGUCAGUGCACCUGCUGCUGAAUCUUCUACAGGAUUGGCUCACAAUAUGAUCUCAACACAGGCAUCUGCAGUAAAACAAGUCCAAUUUGGAAACCAUGGACAGCUUUUUCCAAGAAGGGAAGUACCAGCAUGUAGUGAUGAAGGUUUCUUUCUCAGUGACUUAACAAAUAAGAGCUGCUCUCUCGUAAGCAGUUACAAGUCCUUGGCUGGACAAGGAGCAGAAUCAGCUGUUACAGUAGAUGUCCUCAGAUCUGGGGAGAGUAAUUUGGAAACAAUGCAAGAAACAGAUUAUGAACAGAUAUCUGCAGAAGAAAUAACAACAGAGACAGAUUUUUCCUCACAGAAGAAAACAUACCAAUGUAACCCUCUAGUUGUUGCUCACAGGGCAAGUUACGACCAAUCUGCAACACCAAUAGAGAUGGCUCAAGAAGAGAUUAUCUGUAUGGAGACAAGCACAGAUAGCUUGGCAGAGAUUGCAAAAGAUGUGCCUUCAUUCAGAGCUGAUGAAGACUGUGAACCAAAGGAUGAAGACGUGUCUUCACUGAAUCAUGAAUUUAAAAGCAAACCUGUUUCAAAACAUUAUUCCCAUGAAUGUGCUUUAGCAGACAGUCAGGCAAGUUGUUUAUCCCAGCAAGUUCCAGAAAAUUCUAUAGUAUGCAUUGAUAGUAUACGAGAAGAAAGCGGUGAAAGCAAAGAACACAAUGUCCUGAAUUCUCAGGCUGCAGCUCAGAAAGAAUUUUCAUCCGAGUAUGAAAACUUAGUGGUAAGUGAAGUAAGUUAUCUUAUAGUGAAUGUAAAUGGAAAAGACACAGAGUCUUUCCCUGCUACUGUUCGUGAGAGUAUAAAUGAUUUUCUCCCAGAAUCCAAUUCAAUCAUGUUUUACAAAGCUUCAACAAAAGCUAAUCUUUUUCAAAGUGCAUCUGAGACUGAAAAUUAUGAUAAACUAUUGGAGCAUGUCACCGUAGUGAAAGGAGACUGCAAUGCUACAUCUAAUCUUACUGUGGAAGUCAGUGGCACAGAAAGUUGUUCUGAGGCGCAUUCUGGCUGCCUUUGUACAACAUGCUCUUCAAAAUCAACAGGGCAAAAAAUCAGUACACAUAGGAUGACUGACAUUUCCAUUCUCUUGGAAGCAGAAACACAGAACAAAUCUUUACUCGAAUCAAAAGAAGAGAAAGAAGGCUUUUUAGAAAGUGACUGCCCAGAGGGUGUCUUGCUUGUUGAAGGUGAUGUAAACUCUGAGCCAGAAAGAGUAUUUGAAUACAGCACAAAUACAUCAGCUACUGUUUCUCAAGAGGAGAGUCUGUAUGUAAAUAAAGAACCCAAGUUUUUAAGAAACCCAGACACCAAUCCAGAAGAAACUGUGGUUCCUUAUCGGGAUACAAAAGCAGGCUCUGAUGAAGAAAGAGCAAAAUUAAUCAGCAGUGCAAUCAAUUUAGAAAAAAAUGCAUUGCAAACUAAAUCCAGACAGAUUGAAAGUUUACCUGACCUCCAAGUCCAAAGUGUAACUGAAGACAGGAGUGGAGAGGAUUUUAAAGACAUUGUUCUAUCUCAGAAUCCAAAGAAACCACUUGAUACUGAAGGUUGUGAGGUUCAGCAUGAGUUUUAUACCAAUCUGUGCCUGACACAUGAAGAGGUGGAGAAAGAUGACCUGCAGGUAGCCAGCACCAGGAUAGAACAUACUCAGGAACCAAAAGCACUCGUGCACUGUGGCAGCCACCUUGAAACAAGCAGCUUUUGCCAAAAAGAAAAAAAAGAGAAAACAGAAAUAGGUAUUUAUUCACCAGAGUUUUCCAUUGCUCCCAAACCCACUCCUUCAGCUUUGCGUUCCCAUACAACAGAGACUACUCAGAAUACUUCAGGUGUCCUUGAUACGUGUGAGGGGCUUUUACAGAGGAACAAAACAAUAGAGAAUGUGUUUAAUACAGAGGAUGUAGGUACAACAGUACUAGUCACAAAACCUGAAACUGAAGGACAAGUAAAUUCUAGCAAUGUAAUUGAACAUUAUGUACCACGCUCUUUGCCCCAGGAAGACAAGUUUAAUGAAUGUGAAGUGACUGGGAGUGAAGAACAAAUUAUCGUGACAAACACUGAGGAUCUGAUUAUUAUGAGGCAGGAAGUCCUACUCAAAGAUGAAAAUGCGUUAUUCACUGAAGGGUCUCCAGCUCUACAUCAGAUGUCUUGUGACAGAGAUGAUAAAGAGGAAAUUUUAAAUCAGUUCAAGAUCCCUGAAAGAUACCUGACCGCUUCAGGUCUAGAACAGGAUGCACUGUUAGAAGGUGAUUCAAGAUUCCAUGAUCCUACUGAAAUGAGUGAAGAUGGUGGCUCAGUGGACUCUGUUGCAGAUACAAGAAAUGCAGUCAUGAAAGAUAUUGAUGCAUAUGAAUAUUCAGUAGAUGACAGUACUGGUAUGGACCAAGAAUUCAAAAGUCUCCACAUGAAAGAGGAGAGUGAUACGUAUAUGAGUUGCUCUAUGCAGUGUCCUGAGCAUGGUGCUUCAGGAAACUUGAAUCAAAGAUGUGAUAGUUGUGAAUUGGAUCCAGUAGGCUCCAGAGUAAUGGAGGAGAAAGUGCAUUUGAUGAGUCUAGUUCAAAUGGCCAAAGAAAAGCAGAUCUUUAUAGAAAACACAGAGGAGGUAGAAGUGGUCAUUUUACAAAACCUGAACAAACUAUUCCCUGAAAACAAAGACGGCUGCCAAAUGAUAUGUGAUGACAGCAGAUUAAGUGAAAUCUUAAGAGAAAGUCAGUGGGUGUCUACCAGCUUUUCUGGAAAUAAUGAAGAUAUCAACAAGGAACAAAAUCCAUCAGCAACACUGACGACUACUGAGAAAAAGCAAGAAAGUUCACUUAGAGACUUCCCAUGCCAGUCUGUAAAUCACCUUUUAUAUCUUGGAGUAAGUGAUGAUUCCCAUCUUGUUCAAGAUGUUCCCACUGCACUGAAAGGACAUACAAAGGCAUCUAACAGCAGUGUUGGAACCGGAGUUGUUCUGCCUUACUACGAAACAUUAAUGGAGAGUGAGGUCUGUGUUGGUAUGCCUGUUUCAGUCAACCAUAUUGGAGAAGACAAGUAUCUUCCUGAUAAAAUGCCAAGCAAGAAUAUAGCUUUUCUGCAAAACAGGACCACACAGGGCAGGCAGGAGGAAGACUCUUUUGUAUCUGGGCAAACUGUCAAUAAGAAUAGCUCUUCCACUCCUUACAGUGCAGGUGGUCCUGAGUCUGAAGUAGCUGUACUUCAGCCAGGGGCCAAAGGAAACCCGUUUUCCUUGGAAAAAUUUGAUUCAUCUGAAGCUGUAAUUCAGGAUGUUAACAUUGGUCAUGAAGAACACAGGAUGGAUUUAAUGGUUAAUAAACUAUCAAAAGGCUACCUUAAUUCCACAGAAGAUGCAACUCAAGAAGAAAAGGGUACCACUGUGCCUGAUUCACUGCUUUUGGGUAAUACAAACCUGCUUUCUUCUUCAGAGAAAAAAGUGAUGGAAGGUAUAGAAGGGGGGAAAAUGCAGUCUUUACAAGAAAUCUCUAAGCAAAAAAUGCUUCACAACACUAAUACAACUCAGAAAGUACUUGAGUUAGGGAGUUUAUCACAGCAUGAUGAGAAGGAGAAAUUUUUAAGCACAAGCUAUACUACAACAAACAGUAAAAACGAAAACGCAAAGUUUCCUGGUGUAACUGGAUAUCAGCAUGAGCCCAGAGAAAAUCAGGGAUUCGGGAUUUCUGAAGAGUUCUGCAUAGACCAACCAGGCAGCUCUGAUUCUGAGAACACUUCAGCCCAUUCAGAAGGCUUGAACAAUUCUCUGUGGGAAAAUCUACAUUACAGUAAAGAGUUUCUAAGUUAUAAUAGGAACUCAGGCACUUCUGAAUGUUCUCCUGGUCUUCUAAAUCAUCAAGCAUCAUCUGAAGAUGCUCUGAUUGCUAGCAGUGAAGACAAAAGUAAACACGAUGCUGCUCUCGCUAAAGAAACUAAAUACUUUGAAAGUGAAUCCACUUAUUCAAGUGUAUCUGUAACUUUUCCUGAUGCUUCUCAAAAAGGGGAUGAAAGGAAAACUAAUUCUGCAGUGGCAGAGGCCACAGACAGUCAGAAUAAUAAACUGCCUGAAAAAGUUGCAGGAACAGAUCAAAAGGAGAAAGUAAUGCAAAGUUCUUUCGAGAACUUCAGUCACGUAAAAGAAAAUGAAACUCCUGAGUACACAGAGCACUACAAUAACCCUUCUCAUGUGACUGUACCAGAAUCAGGCUCACUUACUUUUCAGGGCCGAGAACAGAGUGGCAGUGAAGAAUCAAAGUCUCUUCCAUCCUGCUUUGUAGAAGGUGCUCCCGCUGAUCCACCUUUUCAAAGCUCCAAGAACUUCAGUGCUUUUGACACUGUGUGCUCAGUAAAAGAUUAUCCUCAAGCAUUUACAAGUGUCAAUCACCCAUUCUUAACACCAUUUUCUUUGGCUGCAGAUAUAGGCCCUGGUGAAACCGGCACAUAUGAUACUUCACAUACAAGUAUAUUGAAACAUUCUCCAUUUGCUGUUUUGCAAAUACAAGACACUCAGUCUGAUAAAGCUGUGGUAUUUGAUGAGCCGAUAUGUGCUUCAGGAAGUAUUUUACUCUCUCUUGCAAAAGAAAACAGGCAUUGUCCAGUGUCAGACACAGACUCUACUUCAUAUGGACAUUCUGCUGUAGGUGGGGAACCUGUAUAUGGAAGUAAUCAUAAAAAAAUUGACAGUGAUAUAAAAGUUGGUCAGCACCACUGGGGUAAAGUUCCACCACAAGAAGCUUGCACAGGAGACAUAGAGAAAGUACUAACUGAUAAUUCUCUUCUAUUACCAUCAUUACCUUUUGGGGAUAUGGGAAGGGCAAUUCUUGUUAAAGAGGAAAAAAAGAGAAAUGUACUUAACAAAAAUGAGGCAGAACUGCACCCAAAUAAUGAGACUGAACACUUUGCAGUAGAGACAGAGCAGAGAAAAACAUUAUGUAGAGAACCUGUUGAAAUGCAAACUAACGUAUCCUCAAAUUCUGCAAAUGAAUUAAUAAGUUCAGAAGUUAGAGUGUUGGAAGAUCUGUAUUCAGGAGAUGUUGAUGUGGGUGCUGAGUACACCAAUUCAUUUAGUCCAACAUACCCCACAUACAGCAGAAGCACUGAUCCCAGACAACUGUAUCGUGCUGUCUUGGGUUUUGAAAAAAACCCUGCAGGUCUGCAAGAUAAUUGUCAGUAUGUGCCUACAGGCGAUCAGAUAAAACAGGUGCUAGAUAGAACAAAUACAGAUGGUAGAAAAGAGAUUUUACUUUACCAGAAUAAUACAGGUUCAGGCUUUGACGGCCCUGACGCUAAUGCAGGCAAUUGUUCACCAAUGGGAGAUGAUCUAAUGAGGAAUAAGACUCUGAAAUCAGAAAGACUAAAGUUUUCUGCCAUCAAUAAUGACAGUACGUCUGUCAAGUUUUUGCCAGAAACCCAUGAUUUGCCUCCUCAACAAUCCAAAUUUGUGAAAUUAAGGAGCAAACAAUCAUAUUCUACUACACGGAAUACAAAGAGCUGUAAACAAAAUGAACAGAGACCUUCCUUACAAAGUCACAGACUAUCAGCCCCAGCUAUUGCUGUCUUCUCUGAUACAGAAUAUACUUUGGAAACUUCAUCUAAGGCAGAUUCCUUGUUGUAUUCUGCAUCUAAAUCACUGCAAGAUUUAAACAUGAGUGUAGAGCCUCCAUCACCAACUGAAGAUGAUCUUCAUGGAAUUGAAAGAUUUUCAAAGCAGGAGUCAAAGAACAUUCUACAGGUUAAAUCUAAACCCAGAUUUCAGCAAAGAAUAGCACAAACUAAGAAGCUUGCAAACUGUGAUCCCAAAAAUGUACAGAACUUUGCAGCAAGAACCCAAAGCAGCCAGUCUUCAAAAGACUCUACUACUCGAUCUCCAUCAUCCUUACUGCACACAGCUCACAGUUCUGUGGGUGCAGAAACAAACAUCCAUUCAAAGAGUAGUUCUGUAGCUCAGUGUAGUGAAGGGAAAGUUGAAGAAGCUGGAUACCAGCCAGGAACAAAUUUAUUUUUGCAAGACAAUAAAGACACAAUGCAUUUUAGUUCAAGUGAUAUCAACCCAUAUAUUCAUCCAUGGCAACAAGAUGGAUCAUGCAAGAUUGGCUGGAAACAGUAUAUUUUUGGAAGUGCAAGUGAUGUCUCUUGCAAUCAAAUUCCUUUAACCCUGGAAAACCGUAAAGUUAUGAGAUGCUCCAGCGUCGACAAUGGAUUGAAUUCUCAAAAUUCUCCUUUUCAUUCUCAUCUCAGUUCAUACGCUACAGCAAAAGUUUUAUCGAGCACUUUAAGCAGCAUCGAAGGUCUUCAAGGAUGGGACAAUGUCAGACAAAACCUUCAAUCUGCGUGCUCAAGUGACGGUACCAAGCAGUAUAGCAAUGUGUCCAGUGAAACCUUGGAAACUAAUCCAGAAAAUAACACUGCUGAACUUGAGAAUCCUUCUGCACAACCUGGUAACUCUUCAGUGCAGGUUGAUGAAAUUGUACUAUUAUAUCCUUCUGAGUCUGAAAGGUCUUCCAAAAAACUACCAGGGACUACAUGUGAGCAGGGAACACAAACAGCAACUCCAGGAAGGUAUAAAAGGCAGAGAAGACAUCAGAGAAGCUAUACGGAUGUUUCUGCAAGAAAGCAGGAAACAGACAGAGAUUUAGUUCAUCAACCAUCUUCUUGGACAAGCAUGCAGAACCUGUCCAUGCAUCUGUCACAGCUGCUUCAGAACACUUCUGAGCUGUUGGGAAACCUCUCCCAACAGAGUAUUAUAGAUAAUGAGCAGAAUACCAAAAUGAACCAAAGAGGAACUGAAGAGGCUGUAAAGGCUACUAGAUCAGAUAGCUGCACUCAGACUACAGCAGAUGUAGGCACUCAAACAGACAUUUUGGAAGAACCUCAAAGCAAACGUGAAGAAAAACAAAUAGAAGAAAAAAUGGAAAAUGAAUUGAGGGUGGCUCGGGCAGUAAAUGUUGAUUGGAAAGAAAUAGGUGCAGAUGCAAAGAUUCUCAAAAGGAAAGAGGAAACACUGUCCCUUGAAGAAAGAACAAAAGAACGAACAGGGAUGAGAAGUCUGGGCAACCCUGACUUCCAUGACAGUCUUGACAGCAUUUUGGAGGACUCCUUUAUGCAUCUGCCUCUCUUACCCAGAACCUCCACUCCUAUUGUAGAUUGCAAAAAACCAUUAUUAAAUGCACAGCAGAAUACUAGUACCAGUACCAGAGUUUCAUCUGUCACAUCAUCUUCACUGAGUUCAGGGCAAGAUAGCUCUUCAUGCACUGUAGUUAGCAGCCCUACUGACAGCACCUCUCAAUCUGCAGCAUCUUACACUCAGGAUAAAAGAAGUGUCAACGAACUAGAGAUUCCAGCAGAGAGAAAAUCCUAUUACAAGAACACCCUGCUAGUCGAUAGGGCCUCUUCCCCUAUUCUUACUCUUAGUGCUAGUCCCAGCAGCCAGACUGCUUAUAGCAAAUCUGUCUGCCCUAUUAAGCAACCUCGUGGAUAUUCCAGUGAUGCUUCAAGUCCUCCUCACAACCAGAGAAAGCAGAGGGCAGGUCCACAGCUCAGCAUGCCCCCUCACGUGGACAACUUUUCACAGACAGAAACAGACAGUGAAUCUGGUGCUUCUAGAGAACAUAAGGGCAUAAAGAAGAAAUCGGGAAGCUUCCCAGAUAAGAAAGCAGCUGAAGAGCUUUUAGGACAGCAUGGUUCAGAAGACCUGGGGCAACAGCACAGAGUCACGGUUGACAGCCACACUACCAUUUGUGCCAAACGACUGUAUCACUCCAGCAGUAUGUUGGAGGUGUCAGGCCACAGGGAACUUUUAACAGGUGAUCUCAGAGACCACAGUCCACUGGCACAUUCACUUCACUCUAUGUAUGUCAUGAGGGGAGGAGGAGGCUCUUCAGCUGUAACCAGACACGAGAAGUAUGUUGGUCAUCCUGAUGCUGCUUUAAUUCAUGACUACUCAUCUCCAAAUGCCGAGUUCCUUUUCAAUAAAAGAAUUAGUGCCACUUGUUCAAGUAAGACAAACACGGGCACGUCCUCAGAACCUCUGGGAGAAGCAUCAUCUUUACAAUUUCGUGAUUUCUUCUGGAAAUAUGAACACAGCAGCCCUGCCCCACUGUCUGAUGCGAGUGAUGUGCAGACUUCCUUCCAAGGUGACAAUAUGGAUUCUGUCACUGAAAGUGAAUGUGACACUGAGAUUCCUCUCAACAAAACCACUCCUUUUGCAAAGCCUCACAGGCCUCGGAGCUACAGCCUCCGUGACUUACCUAUACACAAUAAAUUCAGCAACUGGUGUGGUGUCAAGGGCAGCCCUCCUUCCUUACUCAGCUUGAGCGGCAGUGUGGCUGAUUUACGAAGUCAGGCAGAAAAGAAGCCUAGAAGCACAAGAGCAGCAGAAAUGGAAGGGAAAUCCCAGCUUUGCGACAGCAGGAGCAGAGAGAUUGAGAGACUUCAGCGAGAGCGUGCUCAGAUCAUGUCUGGCAUUCAUCUGGAUCUGCAUCAGCAUCCCCUCACUGUGGAACUGACGGAAGCAAAGCUCAAUCACGGCAUCGGGGAAACGGAUGCCCUGCUGAGGGUCCUUCAGAGCGGGACAGCAGAGGACCUGGUGGGGAUUCCAGUGAAGCAGCAACUCUAUGAAAGACACAUGAGGACUAUUGAAACUCUGAGGAAGGAAAGAGAAAAAAGGCUGCAAAGAUACCAAAGAAGCCGAAGUCUGAGUCCUCAAAAGCAUUUGAGUCUGUUACAGACACUGGAUGCAAGUCAGAGGGAUCUGGAUCUUCCCAGUAGACGCCGAGAAUAUCUGCAACAAUUGAGAAGAGAUGUGGUGGAAAACACCAGAGUUCAAGAACCAAAAAGAAGAAGCAUUCAGCAUCCUUCAGACAUCGAACUGUUGCUCCGAGACUACCAGAGGGCACGAGAGGAAACCAAAAGUGAAAUAGCACGAGCUAGGGACAAACUUCGGGAGAGAGCUGAGCAAGAAAAGAGGCGUAUAAGGGAGCAAAUAUUUUCUCAGUUACAGAAGGAAGAAGCAAGGCUGAAGACUCUUGCAAGCACAAGCACUUUAUGUACAGACUCCAGCCUCAGCCUCUCCUCUGGCCCAACAUCUGGCUACAACAGCAGCAAUACUGCUACGUACACUGCAAGUAACCUCAGCAGCCAGGAAGGACAGGUUUCCUCUGGGAAUGCUUUGCUUUCAAGAGAUACACGAGGUCGUUCAGCUGUUAGAAACAGUCAGCUUUAUGUGUUAGAGCAGCUACAGAAGGAUUCUACAUUUGAAGCCAGCAGCAUUCAGCCACCCCUUCCUUCUAGCAGCAUCAGCUGUAGGUUCACCCAUGGAUUAACUAUUUCCGUCAGCUCCUCUUCCACAAAAGGAUACCAAGAUUUAUCCAAACACAUCUUGGCCAAUGCUACCACUGAGGUAAUGGCAGCAUGCUCUCAUAACCUGAGGAAUCUCUACACCUGCCAAGCAGCAGCUGGGUGGAAGUAUCAAUGUACAGAAAAAGAGGUGCUGGUUUAUUACAAAGUCUUCCCUUCAGCAACAAGGCAUGGGUUCCUGGGAGCAGGAGUGAUAGAAAGACCCCUGCCCUACGUGUGGGGACUAGUGAGAGAUCCUGGCAAACGACAUCUGUAUGACAGAACUAUCAACACAGCUCGAAUACACAAAAAAGUAACCAGCCACAUCCAGCUGGUGUAUUUAGUGACCGAUAGUUCCCUCUGCUAUCUAAAGCAACCCCGGGAUUUCUGCUGCAUUACUGUAGAAGCCAAAGAGGAGAACUUGUCUGUCUUGGCUGUUCAGUCUGUCUACGAUGCAUCCAUGCCCCACCCUUGCAAAGAAGUGGUGAGAGGGGAGAUUCUGCCAAGUGCUUGGAUACUGGAGCCUGAUGUGGUGAAUGGAAGAGAUAUCACUAGAGUUAUUUACAUGGCACAGGUGGAUCUUGGUGCUCCAGCUAUCCCUGCAAGGCUUCUGAGUUCCAUCGCCAAGUGCCAGCCCCUGGUGAUCGCGCACCUGGCACACUUCCUUGCUAGCUAAUGUUGGGUACAAAACUGGACAAGUAACAGCAGCUCAAAGUUCACAAGACGACAUAAGCCUUGUAAGGGUAAUGUAAAAUGCUGGCUCACAGUCAGUCACAGUCAAGCCUCACUGCUAACACUAGACUGUGCAAAAGGAUAGUUAGGAAAAAGGAUCAUUUAUUUUAGCUGCUUGGAAGAAAUGCAGCAGGUUUGAUGGGAACCUGUCCUCCUGGAGACAGCUGCAGAAAACCUCCACGGAGCAGCAAGAAGGUGUGCUGUCUCUACAUAAAACAGAGGAAGAGACUUUGAUUUACAAUAGCCAGCAUCUUACAUGCAGAAUGUAGUAUUUAAUUUCUGUUUCCAAGGUGCUUCAAAGACCAACCUUCUUUAAGAAAGUUUAGGCACCAGUGGGAAAAAGGCAAUGGAAGCAAUGACAUGCACUACAAACUGGAAACAGUCCACAUAUGGCUUGAGGCCCUUUGCAACUCCUGAGUAGAGCUGCAAGGCUGCUUUCUAAUGUUCAGAUAAGCAUCAAAUACAGGAUUCCUAACAGUGUAGAUAAAUCAUUUAACCUAGCUUGCUGGCUAGACUUCCCCUGGAGAAGGGAAGUUCAAACAGAGCGAUAUCCACUAGCACCCUACACCCUGAACAGAUUUUUCUCCUAUAAUUGGCUGAUGGCUUACAGCCAGUGUGAGGUAUUUUGGAUUGCCACUACACUAUGCAGCAUCAGUGGAAACCACCACACCUCAGGACACAGUUUUACUGCACUGCAGAAUUAGGUGCUUUGAAAUCAAGAAACCAAACUGACAGCUGUAAACAGUGACACUUUGUCAUUAGUAGAGAGCAGUACCACGUAAUCAGCUUGUUUCUAGAAUUUAUAUCCUGCAAGUAAGAGUAGCUCCAGCAGCUUUCCACAAUGUCGCUUUCCAUCAGCUGAAAAUCCAGCCUGGCCAUAGUCCUACCAUGCUUCUUUGUUCAGAGCAUGACCAGUUCGCUCACUGCAGUGAAGACAGACUCUUCCAACUCAAUUACCUCAUGGUAUUUCUGUUGACCUUAGUCCAAUAAUCCUGCCAUCAGACUUUAUAUAUAUUUGUUCAACACACUGCCUAGUUUGGUCACACAUGCCUAAAAUUAAACAAAACUACAACCAACUCAAGCAACUCCAUUAGUUCUUCAGCACAACAGUAAAAACCAUUUCAGAUACCUUAUGUAAGCAAUAGAAGUCGUUAUGAUGUGCUUUCUUUAGCUCAAAAAUGUCCACAUUGUUCAAGAAGCUGUUGCACUUUAAAUUUGUCAAGUGAGAAGUAUGUAUUCAUGCGUCCACCUGACCAGAAUCACCUUCUGCUACUUCAACGCAGUUACUGUAAGUAAAAGAUGAGUUUUCCCACCUUUAAGAGCCAAGAGCUACUUUACUAUAUCUUUGCACAGGUGUAAUUUUGGCUCUCAGCUUCUAUGUUACUUCCUGUUUUAAAUAUAUGCAGUUUUAAAAGAAAAUAGCUAUUUUAAAUUGAUAUGUAAGAAAAUAGCAGUUUUGAAACAUACCAGCCCAAGGCUUUCCCCCCAAAAACUGUACCAGGUAGGACAGCAAAACCUUUCACUUACAAAUUUGCUUUGGUUACAAUCUUAACACCAAUAUAGUGCUGUUCUUUUAUGGUGAGGCUCAGCAUUUUCUUAGAAGCCCUUCAAACCAUGUCAUGGCAUGGUUUACUUCCAGCCUCAUGCAUUCUCCAUAGCCCCUUAAGGACAAAGGGACAACCCAGCACAGCUUUCUGCAGUUGAGCAAAAAGACAGUUCCAGAUUUGCAACCUGUCAUACAGUUCCCCAUUCCCUCCCUCUUGGUGGAAACCAAGAAAAGGAAGAGCCAAUGAGGCAGUACAUAAAAGCCCUAUUUAAAAUGAGCAGAAAGAGCAGCAUGGGAUAUUGGCUCUAUCCUGAAUGCUGCUUCCAAGGAUGGCUGGUGGAGGUAGGGGAGGUCUUCAUCCAAUCCACACAAGAUUUGCUCAGUGCUUCACUUUUUUUCCCUUUUAUUUUGGACAUGGCACUAGUGAUGAAGCAGGUUUUGUAGGAAAAACAUCUAGGGGGACUCCCGUUGAUCAACGAUGCCAGUGCCUAUGAAGGAUAACGUCUUCUUGUACAGUGCAUCAGAUGUUUAUUUUUAUAUACACAUAAGAUUUUUUUUCUAUGUUUACAGAUUAAGUUAUUUCUAUAUGCUUGUUUUGAAGCAGUUUUAUAUGCUGUCAAAGCUAAGUUUUAUUUUUAUCAGUAUUGAAUUAAUGUAACUUUUUUUUUAAUACGAUCUUCAAUUGAUACUAAAAAGCCUAUUUAUAUAAAUGUUUUCUUUUGCAAAUAUAACAUUUUAUGGUACUUGUUAAAGUAUGGCAUUGGUUUGGUUGGAAGGAAGAAAUAAACACCCAGCAGAUACCGAAUUUGUUAAUCUACAAUGGGCAAAACCCAACUUCCUGUCAGUUACUGCUGAGCAGUAGAUGAUCAAACCAAUUGUAUUGUACCACCUACUGUUGCAUCUCUGCUCUUAAUCAAGAUUGCUAUUUUCAUAUCCACAAUAAAUGGUAUUUUCUACACAAGAAAA